UGUCCAAUCAGGUCCCCCGAGAGCGCACGGGAGAAAAGCGCAUCCGGCGGAUGGAGCGAUGCCUGGCGCGGAUGAAAGCGAGAGAGGGCGAGGACGUCGUCGGCGUCAUCCGUAGCGCGCAGUAACACGCAUCCAGGCGGGCGGGCGGAGCGGCGCUGAGAUAUGGCGCGAUAAGGACUAGCUGCUUCAGCUCCCCGACGCAAGCCAAGCGGGGGUCACAUGACAGCAGAGCACACGCACACGCCAUCGCGGAGCCAGCCACUCGCUUUUCAGCUGCUUUUUCAACAGCCAGCUUUUACUCCCGACGCUCGGGGACGUUCAGGGACUUUUCUUGCAGCCGAGCUCGCAGGAGUGCGCCUGGUGGAGGAUGACUGGCAAAACCCAGACCAGCAACGUGACCAACAAGAAUGACCCUCGCUCGCUCAACUCCCGCGUCUUCAUCGGCAACCUCAACACGGCCAUCGUCAAGAAGACCGACAUCGAGGUGAUCUUCGCCAAGUACGGCAAGAUCGUGGGCUGCUCCGUGCACAAGGGCUACGCCUUCGUCCAGUACAUCAACGAGCGCAACGCCCGGGCGGCCGUGGCGGGCGAGAACGCCCGGGUCAUCGCCGGACAGCCUCUCGACAUCAACAUGGCCGGCGAGCCGAAGCCUUACCGACCCAAAGGCGUCUCCAAGAGGCCCCUCUCGGCAGUCUACAGUGGUUACGAGUUUGACUAUGAGUACUACAGAGAUGACUUCUACGCCAGGCUUUUCGAUUACCACGGCCGAGUGGCGCCACCCCCGCGGGCCGUGAUCCCCCUGAAACGCUCCCGGGUUCUGGCCGCCUCCUCCCGCCGCAUCAAGACCUCCUUCCCCGCCAAGACGUCGUCGUCCUCCUCGUCCUCGUCCUCCAGACCGCCCACGUCCUCCUCAUCCUCUGCUGGCGUCAAACCAGUGAAGACGGAGCAGCUGCAGACCAUCAAGAGGGAGCUGACGCAGAUCAAGACCAAAAUUGACUCCUUGCUCGGACGCCUGGACAAGAUUGAGAUGCAGCAGCGAGGCGAGUUCGAGUCUCAGAGGAAGUACGAGGACAACUGCGACUCGCUGCACGACGAGUCGGCAUCAGAGGCGGCGGAUAACUCCGGCGAGGAGGGCGGCGACGACGCACUGAUGGACGCCGAGGCCGGAGAGAUGAGCGAUGGCGGCGAGGGCGACUACGACGAGGAGGAGCAGGAGGGCGCCCAUCAUCUGAUAGAAAACCACGUAUCCGACAUCGACAACUGAGAACGAGGAUGCCAAGGAAUUCUCAAUUCCCUUCAACCGGGCGGGGAAAGGAUAACGAGUCGCGACUGGAAGCGACGCUGGAUCAAAAUGUGAUGUACAGUAUGUAUUUAAAAAAA